UUUUAACGCAGUCUGUGUUUUAAUACAGGACGAAAUUUUUUACGAACGUCUCCCAGAUUAUCCUUCUAGAAAGAGAAAAAAAGAGAGAGAAGGGGAGCGAGAGAAAAAAUUGCUCUCAGAGAAAAGGUCCCACCGCGAGAAACAUUUCCGUCAACUUAACAUGUUCAUGACUGCCGUAAGAACCGUCGUUCGCCGCUCGUUCUCCACGUCGAAAUGGGCACCGGCACAACAGAUGACCGUGCGAGAUGCUUUGAAUUCGGCCUUGGAUGAGGAGAUGGAAAGAGAUGAGAAGGUGUUUCUUCUCGGUGAAGAAGUAGCUCUCUAUGAUGGUGCGUACAAGGUUUCUCGAGGUCUCUGGAAGAAAUAUGGAGACAAACGAGUCAUUGACACACCAAUUACAGAGGCUGGUUUCACUGGCAUCGCGGUUGGAGCAGCUAUGGCCGGCCUGCGACCAGUCUGCGAAUUCAUGACGUUCAAUUUUUCGAUGCAAGCAAUCGAUCAUAUCAUCAACUCUGCUGCCAAAACGUUCUACAUGUCUGCAGGUAGAGUUAAUGUGCCAAUCGUGUUUCGUGGUCCCAAUGGUGCUGCUGCAGGUGUAGGAGCACAACAUUCGCAGUGUUUCGGUGCCUGGUACAGUCAUUGUCCUGGUUUAAAAGUAGUGUCACCUUAUAAUAGCGAAGAUGCCAAAGGUUUGCUUAAAGCAGCCAUUCGAGAUCCUGAUCCAGUGGUGGUGCUUGAGAAUGAAAUAUUGUAUGGUGUACAGUAUCCUAUGUCUGACGAAGCUUUAUCAAAGGACUUUGUUUUACCUAUCGGCAAAGCCAAGAUAGAACGAGCCGGCAAUCAUGUAACAUUAGUAGCACACUCUAGAGCUGUCGAGGAAGCUUUGGAAGCGGCCAAUGAACUUGCUGGAAAGGGAAUCGAGGCCGAAGUGAUUAAUCUACGUUCUCUCAGACCGUUGGAUAUAGACACCAUCAUACAAUCAGUGGUGAAGACAAAACACCUGUUGACAGUUGAACAAGGUUGGCCGCAGUGUGGUAUUGGAGCGGAGGUCAGCGCAAGAAUUGCAGAGAGUGAAGCCUUCUAUCAUCUUGACGCACCUGUCAUUCGCAUUACGGGAGUCGACACGCCUAUGCCAUAUGCGAAAUCGCUAGAGAUUGCGGCCUUGCCACAGAUCAAAGAUAUAGUGAACGCCGUUACCAAAUUGUUAGGAGUCACGCAGUAGUCAAUUGUACAUGAGUACUUAGGCAAAAUUAUUAUAUUUUUACGAUUUUCCUGACACACAACUUUUCCUAUUCUCAUGUACCACAUCUCUACAGUAUACAGUGUACCUCGUUCAAACGUACAUUUAAUAUAAAGGAAUGCGCGUUCUUGAAUAUGCCUCGAUACCUCUGCAAAUUCAGUUGAUUAGGCAUUUCUGAUGACAUAUGUAUAUAUUUUGUCUCAUGAUAUAAGGUAUGAAUGCAUCAUGCCUUGUCCAAAUAUCGAUAAAUAAUAGUGAAGUAAAUGUAAAGUAAUAAAGAAAUGACAACAAAGAUAUAAUCUCUUUGUAAAA